AUUAAUACGUAGACAAUGAGAGUAAUUCUGUCCUUUUUUUCCAAGAAUGUGCAACCCCUUUUCUCAAAUAUAAACCAACAUGGUUUUGAUGCAUAAUAGGCAUUAGUGAUUUAUAUAAUAAAUACUGAAGAAAAUAGAAUUUUUGUUAUUGUGAAGUUCCCUUAUUGCUUAUGUAUUGUUUUAUAGUAAACAAAACAAGAAUUUAUGUUUUUAACACGAAAAAUUGCUUGUAUUUCAUUUUAAAAAUUGUCUUUAUCAGCAAGUUCCUUUUACAAUAUCAGAGGAGCACAUUUUCAAGUCGCCUUGUGUCUUUCUUUUAUGUUCAUGUUGAUGUGCAUGGAUGGAGUAAUGGAGGAGGAUACAAUAUCUACCAUGAAAAUGGAAGAUUCUGGAGGGGAGAGAGGAAAUCUUUCUUUUGGAAUGCCCUCCAUGUCUGGUGAACCUGUUGUGAUUACCUACACCACUGAAAGCACAGAAGAUGCCGCACAACUUCAGGAAAAGAACGAAUUAAAAGCAAACACAACAUGCACAGAAACAAGUCAACGAGAUACUGAGGCUGCAGAGAGUGACAGUUUCAGUGAGGCCCUGGCAGGGGAGCAGCUUCUACAGAUGGCAAAUGCAAUCGUGAUGGAACAGGGACAGAUGGGUGUGGUGGAGGAAAAUCAACAUGAAAUAGUCCAAACUGUCGACGAAAAUGGAACUGUUGUCAAAGAAAUGCAGAUUGUUCAAAACAGCGAGGUAGAGACAAUGGGGCAGCUACAAACAAUGGCAGAAUAUACUGAUGAAGAUGGAGCCAUACAUCAGGUUCCUGUCAAACUGGAUAAUGACAACCAGUUGGUGCAACUGGUUCCUGUUUCAACUGAGGAUGGGAACCAAGUUUACAUCCAGGUCCUGAACCCAGACAAAACGGACGGACUGUCCACCGAAGAGUCCCCCACGGAGAUCCAGGAGGUGUUGAUAACCGAGAACCAGCUAGGACAGGAAAUGAUAUCUCAGGACGAAUCCAUGGACGGUCAGGAAAUCACCAUUGAGAAUGUCCAGGAAUUGUCCAACUACAAAACGCAGGUCAUGGAGGAUGGAACGGUCCAAAUCUACAUGCUAGAAGACAAAAAUAAACAGCAGAGGGGACUUAAUAAAACUCUGAUGAACAUCAUAUCUCCCACUAAAGGGGAUGCCUCUGGUCCGCCGGCCAGCUCUCUGAUGACAAUUCAAGCCAAAAAAUACAGAGACGUGGCCACUCAGAUUACUGUGUUUCCAAAAUUUUCUAGGCAGGGAUUGUUUGAUGUCUCAACGCAAGUUACAUCCAAAGAGAUUCAGAGAGAUCCAAAAUUACGCAGUCUCCCAAAUGGCACCACUAUCAUUCAGAAUAGUAUUGUUAAUCAGAGCGAGAGCACCAUCAUUCUAAAUGCAGGGAGUGAGAAUGAAAUGAUUCUCCAUAAAUGUACCAUCUGUGGAAAAGUGUACAAAAAUAAACAGAAUUGGCAGGGGCAUAUCAAAAUUCAUGCUCAAGAAAAAGUAUACAUGUGUGGCUAUUGUGGAAAGAUUUACCCCCGUGGGAGCCUCUCAACUCACCUUCGUACCCACUCAGAGCUCAGACAGAUUGCUGUGUUUGAGAACUUGCCCGAUCAUUUGAAGAGGAAGAACUACAAGCAAGCCCCAGGAAUGGUUUUUCCAAAUGAAGAGGCAUCCAUUAUAGAACUAAGCAUUGCAGAUGUCGCCUGUGAAAUAGAUCCGGAUUUGUUCCCACCACCGGCAGCUGAAGUGGUAACCGCUCCCUCCACCAUUUUGCCUGCCAAUGACGCCUCAUUACCAGAGCCAGCGGCCGAGUCGGAAGUCUUCACAGAAAAUGAUAUUCCCGCCAAAAUGCACAUGGAGGUGGAAGCGGAAGCAGAAAUUCAGGAAGGAACAAAGACCAAGUUUAUUUAUAAAUGUAAUGUCUGUGGUAAGGAAUAUAAUAACAAGAGUAAUUGCCAUAGGCAUCUCAAGUCCCAUACAGAUACAAAAGGCUUCAAAUGUGGAUAUUGUGGGAAGGCAUUUACACACAGGUACGAGGUACGAAUGCAUUGUAGAACUCACACUGGUGAGAGACCGUACAAGUGCCCUAUAUGCACUCGUGGAUUCAACGAAAGUGGAAACCUUAGGCGCCAUAUGAAAAUCCACGAGGGAGACAAUUCACCAUUUAAGUGUGGAGUCUGCUUCAAAGGAUUUAAUGACACUUUAAGAUUGAAUGCUCACAUGAAAGUUCACACAGGAGAAAUUGUUUGUGAUGUGUGUGGCAAGAAGUUUGGCAAGAUAUCAGAUUUGUAUCGUCACAUAAAAAUCCACAGUGGUGACCGUCCAUACAAAUGUGACUUAUGUGGGAAGACUUUCUGCCAGAAGGUCAAUUUAAUCACACAUCAGCGCACCCAUACUGGUCAGAAAGCUUUCAGGUGUGACUACUGUGGUCUGGGAUUCAGCCGUAAGACCAUCCUCCAGCAGCACAUGAAGACUCACCUGGAAGAUGAAGAGGAUUUCUCGGUGGAGAGGACAGCGGUCAGGCCUGGGAAGGGACAGGUGGAGAUUAAUAUGGAGGCAGAUGUCAUUGAGCACAUGGAGGCUCUGUCUAACGAGUUCGUGGAAGAUGGAGAGACCCAGACAACGGACAUCCAGGACGUGGUGCUGGAAGACGGGGAGGAGAUCAUCACCGAGGCAACCAGUCAAGAUAUAGCGGCUUAUAAGAUACAAGAGGUGGAAACAUACACAGACUGAUGGAAGAUUGUGAAAGGAAAUGAAAAUAUAUUCUAUACCUUGAGUUUGAUAAAAGUAACAAAGCCAAAUUAUUGCAAGGCGAUUGAUUGACAGUUAUUUUUUAAGGUUAUUGCCUAAUAUUUAUGUGUUCUAUGGUUCAUGUAAAAUAUAUUUAUUUUUAUACUAUCAAUGGUAACUGUUGUUGUUGGAGAAGGGAGGUAUGAACUGGAAGACCAGUGAAAUACAUGUAUGACAAUUGAUUAUCUGGUCAGAUUCAAACAAGGCAGCAACUGAAAUUAUCAGUAUAUACUACAUGUACUACAUAAUUUAUUGCACAUUAUAUCCAAUGUUUAAAAAGUGAAUUUCAGAAAUACUUUUGAAGAAACUUGUUGAGUUUUGAACUUUGGUACAGUUUGUGUUCUUUAUUUCUGGUUGAUAUAUAGUUAUGAUCAAGUUAUCAGUUUGGAAUUAUUAAAAUUGUUAUUUGAGCUUAAA